UUUAGGAACCAGAGUGGCUGCGCUAAUUAGAAAUAUAAAGUCUUAUUGCCGGUUUUCCAAGUCAUAGAUUUUAUGAACCAGCACCGCCCCUCCCGAGUCAUAGAUGUGAUCGACCCUCUUAACCUCGAUCUUUGCUUCCCAUGGCCACCGACGCCACGGCCAAGUUCCACCCGCCGGAUCUCCUCCCUGCUUCCGGCGACCUCGGCGUCAUGCAACACGACGGCAUCCACUUCUGGCAGUUCAUGGUCGCUGGAUCUGUCGCCGGCCUUGUCGAGCACACUGCUAUGUUUCCCGUCGAUACCCUUAAAACCCGGAUGCAGACCGGAUCCCCGCCCUGCCAGCCUCUUCUCAGCCUCCGUCAGGCCCUUCGCACCAUCCUCGCUGCCGAGGGCACCCGUGGACUAUACCGUGGACUUGGUGCGAUGAGCCUCGGCGCUGGCCCCGCCCACGCCGUGUACUUUUCCGUGUAUGAGCUCUCCAAGGAGUCCCUUUCCGCCGGAAACCCUAACAAUCCCGUCGUUCAUGCCGCAUCUGGAGUGCUCGCUACCAUCUCUAGCGAUGCGGUGUUUACUCCAAUGGACACUGUGAAGCAACGUUUGCAGUUGAAGAGUAGCCCUUAUAAAGGGUUUGUGGAUUGCGUCGCCAGGGUCUUGAGGGAGGAGGGGAUUAGGGCUUUCUUUGCUUCGUAUAAGACUACCGUGUUGAUGAAUGCUCCCUAUACAGCGGUGCACUUCGCAACCUAUGAAGCGGCAAAGAGGGGUCUAACGGAGAUCUCACCAGACAGCGUAAAUGACGAGCGACUGGUUGUGCAUGCCACUGCUGGUGCUGCUGCGGGUGCCUUGGCAGCAGCCGUCACCACACCUCUUGACGUGGUCAAGACCCAGUUACAGUGUCAGGGCGUGUGUGGUUGCGAUCGAUUCUCAAGCAGCUCCACAAGUGAGGUUAUACAUGCGAUAGUGAGGCGUGAUGGUUAUAUGGGCUUGUUGAGGGGUUGGAAACCUAGAAUGCUGUUCCAUGCACCAGCGGCGGCCAUUUGCUGGACGACGUAUGAAGCAGCAAAGUCAUUUUUCCACAAGUUGAAUGACCAAAAGUGACCAUCAGGAAAUCUGAUUUUUUUUUUUUUUUUACUUUUACAUAUUGUUAAAUACUGUACGUAAUAUGGUUGCGCCAGAUGAAAUAAUUCUAUCUUUAAUCCAUUUUUCUGUAUCUGCGGCGCUUAGUUCUAUUCUUUAUGUUCUCGUAAAUGAUAAUGAUGGAUAACAAGUUGCCGCGAAUGUAAUUUUUGCAAUAUCAUGAAAAUUAUUCCUCAACUUGGAUUGUGC